AUGGCAGAACCUGAGAAAAGGGUUGCAACUCAUGGGCUAAGAUGUUUUUCCAAGAUCAAGAUGUUUCUGUUGGCAUUGGCAGUAGCAUAUGUAGCCAAAUCCCUAUCAGGAACUUAUAUGUAUUCCAUGCUCACACAAAUAGAGAGACAAUUUGAUAUCCCCACAUCUAUAGUUGGAUUGAUCAAUGGGAGCUUUGAGAUUGGAAACCUUUUGUUGAUUAUAUUCAUGAGUUAUUUUGGAAUGAAGCUGCACAGGCCUCUCAUGAUUGGUGUUGGAUGUGUGGUUAUGGGCCUAGGGUGUUUCUUAAUGUCGCUACCUCAUUUCCUGAUGGGCCGAUACGAAUAUGAAAAAACAAUUUCACCUGCAAGCAACUUGUCCUCAAACAGCUUCUUGUGUUCGGGAGACAGAACCCAGACCUUAACGCCAACGCAUGACCCAGCAGAGUGCAUGAAAGAAAUUAAAUCCUCAAUGUGGAUAUAUGUAAUGGUAGGAAAUGUUAUCCGUGGAGCUGGUGAAACUCCCAUCAUGCCCUUGGGUAUUUCCUACAUAGAAGAUUUUGCCAAAUCUGAAAACUCCCCUUUAUAUAUUGGGAUUUUAAAAAUUGGAACGGUCAUUGGCCCUUUAAUUGGACUUACGUUGGCAACCUUUUCUGCAAACAUUUAUGUAGAUGCUGGGUCUGUGAAUACAGAUGACCUGACCAUAACUCCCACUGAUACACGUUGGGUCGGUGCUUGGUGGGUCGGCUUUUUGAUUUGUGCUGGAGUGAAUAUCCUGACCAGCAUCCCCUUUUUCUUUUUCCCUAAAACACUCCCAAAGGAAGGACUAGAGGAUAAUGUGGAUGUGACUAAAAGUGACAGAGAAGAGAAACAUCGAGGAAAAGCCAAGGAGGAAAAACGUGGAAUCACUAAAGAUUUCUUGCCAUUCAUGAAGAGCCUCUUCUGCAAUUCAAUUUACAUGCUUUUCAUCCUCCUAAGUGUGCUCCACCUCAACGCAAUUGUCAUUAUUGUUACCUUCAUGCCUAAAUACCUGGAACAGCAGUAUGGAAAAUCAACUGCAGAGAUAGUCUUUCUCAUAGGUCUUUAUACCUUACCUCCAAUAUUUGUUGGAUAUAUAAUUGGUGGCUUGAUUAUGAAGAAGUUCAAGAUUUCUAUGAAGAAAGCGGCAUACAUAGCUUUCUGCCUAACCCUGACUGAAUUCUUUCUAUUUUUCUUUUACUUCUUAAUGACCUGUGAUAAUUUCCCAGUUGCUGGCUUAACUAUCUCUUAUGAUGGAAUCCAGCAGCCUUUGUAUGUGGAGAAUAUGGUCCUUGCUGACUGCAACACAAGGUGUAACUGCUUAACUAAAACGUGGGAUCCAGUGUGUGGAGACAAUGGCCUAGCAUACAUGUCAGCCUGCCUUGCAGGCUGUGAGAAGUCUGUUGGAACAGGAAUCAACACGGUGUUUCAAAACUGCAGCUGCAUUGGGUCUUCAGAAAACUCAUCUGCAAUCCUUGGGCUGUGUAAGAAAGGCUAUGACUGUACUAUCAUGCUGCAGUACUUUUUCACACUGGCACUAAUUGGCAGUCUCAUCCACUCACUAGCAGCCAUUCCUGGGUAUAUGGUUUUUCUAAGGAGUAUCAAGUCUGAAGAGAAGUCACUAGGAAUUGGAUUACAUGCAUUUUGUACAAGAGUAUUUGCUGGCAUCCCAGCACCUAUUUACUUUGGCGCUUUGGUAGACAGAACCUGUUUACACUGGGGGACUCUGAAAUGUGGUGAACCAGGGGCAUGCAGGAUGUAUGAUACAAAUAACUUCAGGAACAUUUACAUUGGCGUGCCUACAGUACUUAGAGGUUUGAGCUUUCUCCCAGCGUUCUUCAUUCUAAUACUCAUGAGGAAGCGCCAACUCCCUGGGGAAAUUGACUCUUCAGAAACUGAACUUGCAGAGACGAAGCUCACAGAGAAGAAAAGCGAGUGCGUGGAUGUGCACAGAAGUCCUGGGGCUGAGAAUGUCGGAGAACUGAAAACUAAGCUGUAAUGAGUUUUCUAUUGGCCUGCACAAGCCCAUGACAGAGUGUGCAUUUGGUUCUUUUGAAUCG